GGGCGGGGCAUAGGGGAGCGCUGGGCAGGCUCUGCCCCCCGCCCCGGGACCUGGGGGAGGCCGGCCUGCAGGGACUACAAGCCCCGGCGUGCUGCGGGCUGGCGGGGCGUUUCCCUCGGCUGGUCGGAUGAAGGAGCCGUAGCUGGAGCCGCCGCAAGGCGGGGACUGGCUGAGCCGGGGAUCGAUCCAGCUCGCAGCGGUGCAGACAGACAGACAGAGGGAUGUCCUGCAGGACCGUGCUGCUGACUGGCUGCUCCUCCGGGAUAGGGCUGGCUCUGGCCGUCCGGCUGGCUAAAGAUGAGCUGAAGAGAUUCCGAGUUAUCGCCACCAUGAGGAACUUGGACAAGCGCGAGGCCUUGGAGAAGCAGGCGGGGCCGGCGUUGGACAAGACCCUGGAAAUCCGCCAGAUGGAUGUGACCAGCGAGGAAUCCAUCCAGCGCUGCGUGGAGGGCAUUCCCCAGCGGAGAGUGGACGUGCUGGUGAACAACGCGGGGCUGGGCAUGAUCGGGCCGGUGGAGAGCCAGAGCGUCGCUGCCAUGAAGAGCCUCUUCGAUACCAACUUCUUCGGGCUGGUGCGGCUGGUGCGCGAAGUCUUCCCCGACAUGAAGCGCCGGCGCCGGGGCCACAUCGUGGUGAUGAGCAGCGUGCUGGGGCUGCAAGGCCUCCUCUUCAAUGACAUCUACUGCGCCUCCAAGUUCGCUGUGGAGGGUUUCUGUGAGAGCUUGGCCCUGCAGGCACUGAAGUUUGGUGUGAACAUCAGCCUGAUCGAACCCGGGCCGGUGGUGACCGAGUUCGAAAGGAAACUCUACGAAGAAGCCGCCUGCAUGGACCUGUCCGCCGUUGACCAGGAGACACUGGACAUAUUCCAAGGCUUCUACAUGGCCUAUUCCAAGGAAGUCUUCACGGUGCUGGGGCAGUCGCCAGACGAGGUGGCUGAGGUUAAGCCCAGGGCGUGUCGGUCGAGCGUCUGACGGGCAGGCCCUUCCUCCGCUCUCCCCAGCAUACGGCCAAGGUGAUCAUGGCAGAGAAGCCGCCUUUUCGCUACCAGACCAACAGCCUCUACACGCCCAUGACCACCCUGAAACACGCCGACCCCACCGGGAACCUGCCUCUGAACACCUUCCACCAGAUGAUCUUCCAGCAUGACCGGCUCUUCAAAGCCAGCCUCAGCCUCCUCAAGAUGCUGCAGUGGAGGAAGAGGAGGGACGUGUCCUAUAACAAGUCUCCUUGAGACGAAGGCACCAGUCCCCUUCCUCCUCCCUGGACAACACAGACAGCUCCAGCUAUAGAUCCCACCCCGCUCCCAUGCUCUGUAGCUUCCAGUGUGGACAGCCACUGUAAAAGCACGAAUCCUUGGACCGAGGGGGGGGCGUCAGCACGGUGGGUGAUGGGAGGGGCCGGGGGGAGGGCAGGGUGUUUAGGAGCAUGAAUCCAGGAGGGGGCUAGCAAUGCCCCCGCUUUACCCUCUUUUUAGCCAGCUGAUUCUUUUGUAUCUUUUUUUUUUUUUAAAGUAAAUUUGGGGUGUUAAAAGGAUUUAAAAAAAAAAAAAACCUUUCAAAAAGUAGAGGAAGGAGGCCCUGCUGGGCCUAGGACCCAGGAGUCCCGGCCCUUCCCAGAGCUGGGGAUAGGACCCAGGAGUCCCGGCCCUUCCCAGAGCUGGGGAUAGGACCCAGGAGUCCGGUCCCAACCUCUUCCCAGAGGUGGGGACAGAACCCAGGCGUUCCCAGAGUCAGGGAUUGAACCCAGGAGUCCGGAUGCCUGUCCCAAUGCUCUAACCACGAGGCACCACUCUCCUUCCACAGCUGGGGCUAGAUCCCUGGAUGUAGUAAGUUGUCUCCCCCCCGGCCAGCUUGUGAGGGUGGACCCAGCUGUGCUUCCACCGGGGGGGUGAUAGACAUCCUCCACGAGGAGGUAGCCCAGCAGGUGUGUGCCAGGGCUUGUAGCCCUGGGUGAAGGGAGCCAUGGGGCAUCAGGCUGUGUCCCCCUGACACUACCGGGGAGGCCUGUAGGAAGAUGGCCGGGCUGGCUCGUCCAGGGAGGGGAUGACUACUGCACUUGCUGGAGUUAGGGGCACCGUGUUUGCCGGCAGGCUGGGAGGGUGAUAGUGCAACCAGACUUGGCCGACUCUCAGCUAGGGUUCGAUGCAGCUCCUGGCCCUGGGUUCAAGUGGGUUGAGUGGCCCGGUUGGGGGCAGCAAAGCAAUUUAGCUGGCAUCUCUUAGGCACGCCCUGGGGGCCCCAACAGCUCCCAAGAGGGGGUGAGCGUUUAGUCUGCAGCCUCUUCCUCACGGCCCUGCACCCUCCAAAGGCCAGUUUCCUGAUCUCCCCCUCUCCUCGAUCUCCCCCUGCGGGGGGCCGCUGCCCCCUGCCCAGCACCUGCGGUAGCGCUGGGAGCAUGUGCCUGUGUUGUAGUGCGUGCAAUGACACGCUCCCCCAGCAGCUGUUCAGGGCCCGGGCAGCCCAUCCGAUCAACCUGCCGGGGUGCAGGAGUCCCUCAAUAAACAGAGGUGCUGGA